UCAUCAUCAUCAUUACCCAGUUGGUGGAGGAUAUCCAGUUUCCAGCGGCCGCCUGGAAUACGUACUACACUCGGUGAGAACUCGUCGCAGCGGACGGAAGGCUCUCUCUACCAACCGCCCUCACGAAGACUGACCGAAGUUCCUUCAUCACAGUGAAGAAUGAAACCAAAGGCAGCGUUCGCGUUCUUGGUAACGGUGUGUCUGCCGUUGCUGGCCGCCUCCCAGAAUGCAACUUCCCAAGGAGUGUGGAAGGUCGACCUCCGACAGGGAGCCAUCGAGGCUCCGAUGACGAAGGCAGAGGAUGGGACUCGGUACUACGGCUUCAAGAACAUCCCCUUUGCUGAGCCUCCUGUUGGAGAUCGGAGGUUCAAGAAUCCAGCAGCAGCUGGUCCAUGGACAGGUGUAAGGAACGGUUCAGUUUCGAGUGCCGUUUGUCCUCAGCUGGACUCCGAAGCUUUCUCAGAGGGAAUGGUCAAGGUGAUGGGCAGCGAAGAUUGCCUCUACCUGGAAGUCUAUGUACCAAAGAAAAACGCCUCCGAGUUCCCCGUCAUGGUGUGGAUCCACGAGGGCGGCUUCCUUGUAGGAGGUGCUUAUUACGACCCCACACCCCUCAUGAAGGAAGACGUCAUUGUGGUCGUCAUCCAGUACAGACUUGGUGCCUUGGGCUUCUUGUCUACCGGAGACGCAGUCAUGUCCGGUAACUAUGGUUUGAAGGAUCAGGUGAUGGCCCUCCAGUGGGUGAAGGAAAACAUCAAAGCUUUCGGAGGCGACCCCAACAAAGUGACCAUUUUCGGCUCGAGUUCUGGAGGAGCAUCUGUUCACCUCCUCAUGCUGUCACCUAUGGCCAAAGGCCUGUUCCACAGAGCCAUUGCUCAGUCCGGGACCGCGUUAUUCCCUGGCCUUCUAAGGGACGACCAUCGACAGACUGCAGGCAAAGUGGGUCAGAUGCUGAACUGCUCCAAUGUCAACACAGUCAACUUGGAUUCCAAAGGUCUUUAUGACUGCCUCAAGAAUGUUUCUGCAGAGCACUUCGUCAAGGUUGCCAGUAAUUUUACCAGAUUCUACAUAUAUCCCCAAGUGAUGGCACCACGCGUCGAUGGCGAUUUCCUGCCAGAACAUCCCGCCCACAUGUUGAAGAAGGGGAACUACAACAAGGUGAACUUCAUGACUGGAUUCAACAGAGAUGAAGGAUCACUGGUGAUAAGACCAUUGCUGAUGAAUAAAUCAGACUCCGACGAACUGGCGAGCAACUUCUCUAUGCAUGGCCCUGUGCUGAUGUCGAUUCAGGAAGGGCGUAGGACGUCGGCCGAAUAUAUGGCCAGGAGGAUAUUUGCCCAUUACGUAGGAGGGUUCAACAUCACGGAGGACACUGCCGAUGACGCCGUGCAGAUGAUCACUGACCACUGGUUUGCUGUGCCCAUGGACGUGUCUGCUAUGAUGCACACCAAACAAGUGACAUCCGCCCAUAAGGUCUACUUGUACGAACUCCACCAUUGUGCAGAAAAUAACGACUCCGAGUCAUUGAACGCCACUGUCGGAAUGAACUGGGUGGGCCACGGCGAUGAGACCCAAUAUCUUUUCAAUGGAACGCAUCCCACACCUCUGACGAAUCCCAUCGACAAUUUCAUGAGAGAAGUCAUGGUUUCUCUGUGGACAAACUUCGCUCGAACUGGAAAUCCAACGCCUGAUAUGUCUCUCGGCUUCAAGUGGUCUCCCGUCCGCGGAUCCGACUUGCAGUACCUGGUUCUCGUUCCCACACCAUACAUGAAGAACUCCACCAGAUAUGAGGAUGUGGAGUUCCUGACGAACCUCCCAACGAUGCAGAACGAGAUUCUGUUCCCGGAGCGCUUCGUCAUCGAACAGAAUUAGAACAACACCCAGCUCCUCUCAUGCUGUUAGUUAUGCAUUGCUUUACACACCAACUGAAGAAGACCUGCACGUUAAAUCAGAAUGAUCAGUGUUUCUUCACAAGGCCGAAAACACUUGUUUAAUUGGUCAAGUUAUUAGUUCUAAGUGGCCGUGUAAUUGGUCAAGUUAUUAGUCCUAAGUGGUCAUGGCACUUAACAACUAUAUAGUAAAGUGUGUGGGGAGCAGCACAAUAUAGUCUAUUAUGGCAAAUGCACUACCCUGUGAUUGUCCUCUUUUGCAAUAGAAUAUUUUGUCAAGACCAAAAAUACUUACGGUCGGCACAUUAGUCAUAAGCUGUCAACACACUUACACAAUAAUUGUCAGUUUAUUCAGCUGUCAAGCUAUUUUGUUAAGACGUGUGUCAUCUUUACACAGAAUUGACUCUCAGAUUCAUUUGAAGUUUCUGACCUUUUGGGAAAGUUGUAUUUGUCUCAUUUAAGCGUACAAAUAGGAAUUUGAUGUAUAACCUUUUGCACUAUCACGAUAUCAAAAAUGUUUUGAAAUUAUAUAUAUUUUUCACUUUCA